UUUCUUUUCCAAACUUUUUUCAUUAUCAAAAGUUCAAAACCCUCGUUUCUCUCCAGAACUCAAUCUCUCGUUACUUCCCUACAGACAGUAGGGAAUUUCUCCAAAAUUUCGCAUGGGUUUUCAUCAAAUUUCAUCGUUGCAGCAAUAAUUUCAGUUGCAGACGGAAACUUGAAGAACACUUGUUUCAAGUUUGAAGAACUUCUCGGACUCAUUAAUCGAUUCGAGCAGCUAAGAAAUCGUCGCAGUGAAUCAGGAAUGCUAGAAGUUUGGUCUCCUGAGAUGAAAUUGGACUCAAAAAGGAGUGUUCCGAAGCAACAGGUAAUAAAGAGAACAGAAGCACAAAUGUGCAAUCCGCAGAAGAAAUUGCGGACCGCAGAAUUCCAUUUGCCGCCGCAAACCAAGAAGAAAAAUUUAAAAGAACUUUCAGCAAUGUGCGGACCGUACAUGAAUUGUGCGGCCGCAGAACUGGGCUUAAGAGUCAUAGAUCAGAGAGUAAGCAAAAAUACCAGGUCCAGGAGCCUUUAUGAAGUGCGGACCGUACAAGAAUUGUACGGCCGCAGAAGAUUGCCUCGCGGCCGCAGUCCAAAAAUGUGCGGCCGUAGAAGAUUGCCUUGCGGUCGCAGUCCAAAAAUGUGCAGCCGCAGAACUCACAUUCCUACCAACUGAAGAAAUCUGCGGACCGUGCAUGGAAUUAUGUGACCGCAGAACCUACUGAUGGGCAUUUUUGUCCGCGAUUGUUUGCCCUGUAUAAAUAGACGAGUUUCACAAAAUUAGGUCAAGUUGGAAUAUAUAAAACUGUUGGAGCCGUUUCUUUUAGCUAUUUUAGGAAGUUUUAGCUUAUUUGAGUAUUUUAACAUUAGAUUUCAUCAUUUUAAUCUUCCAUUAUGAGUUUAAUUAGUUUUUCAACUUUAUUUUCUUCAAAUCCCAUUAUAAGUAGCUAGAGUUUUACUAGGGUUAUGACCCAACUGUGUAAACCUUAUGCGUGAUUAAUUUUAUGCUUGUUUAUGAUU